AUGCAAUAUUUCUAAAUCCCUAGUGGCAGCCCAUUAAACUAUCUAUUCGUAUCACCAUGAACAAAUUGGUCCAUCAUGGUAUCCAGCUUCAAAUACAGAUGGAUUCCUACGAAGUCUACAUCAAACCUAAGAUCGAAACCUACAUGGUCUGGGGAAACAUCAUUUUGGAUCUGGAAAAACCCAUUACAAUCUGUGGUCCCAUUGAAGUCGAGUUUUCUGGCACUUGCCUCACUCUCUGGCCGCAAGGAGUAGGUCGACGAGGUGAUUUGACUCAUACGAGACAAUUGCAUUCUGUUCAAUUAUCCGUUCCACCACCAGCCAAUCUUCCGAAGCUGGAAGCUGGUCGAUAUCAUCUUCCAUUUGAAUUUCCAAUUCCCAAUACACUACCGCCUACAAUCGAGCUCAACAAUGGAACCAUAUCCUAUAAGAUCACGGCUAAAUUACGUCGAACUGGAGCUCUAUUCAAUAGCAUAACCACCAGUGUUCCAAUGUUUUUGAUUCGAUAUCCAGAACUUAGUCCACUGGACAUGCGAUAUGUUUCAGCCCAUCGAAAAAUAGAAGGCGUGGAAUGUGAUUUCGCAUUUGACUGUCCAGCUGCCAUUUUAGGCGAUCACUUGGGUAUAGAUCUCAAUAUUACAGCACAAGAUCCUCAGCACCCAAUCAAGAUAAAGUCUGUUUUAUUCAAUGUCACGGAAAAAAGGCUUGUCCGGGUUCAAGAAGAGGGAGUACAACAGACAGACCACAGCAUUGCCGUGCUGAAAUGGGCAUAUCAUCAUGUCAACGCCGACAAACCGUUUACAGAAGGCCAAUACAUGAACCUCAAAGAUCUGGACUGGAACCUAUCCACUCCCCUCCAGGGUCGCUUUGUCUUUCCUAUUCCCACCUGCCAAUUUGUAUUAAAGCCUACGGUCAGAAGUCAAGACAUUGUCAUUACUCAUUGGGCCAAGCUUACAGUGAAAGUGGAAAAGGAAGGCAUUAUGCAUGAGGCUCUAUUAGAAAGUCCAUUUGAAAUCCUUUGCUGCCGGUUAGCACCUAUAUUAACAGAAUCACCACCUCAAUACGAGGAAUGCGCCAAAGCUGAGGUUGCUGUCAGUUACGAGUGUAAUGCUCAUGCAUGUCCAUGUUUGCGUAAGGACAGCGACCGGUCAAAGCGAGGAAAAACCACCAUAAUGCGGUUAUUGCCUCGCUAUCAAUUCUCAGAAACGGCUUUGUACAGAUAAAUAAUCUCAUCAGUAUUUCAUUAUCAAUAGCAUUAUCAUUAUUUAUAUUUUCUUUGUACUUUUACUUGGCGUGACGAAUAAUGCAAGCAUAAAUUUUCUUUUUUUCGAAGACGGGGUUAUAAUCGAGAGCGUGAGUCAAUGAUGAAAUGAAAGUAGCAUUGUGCUCGUCGCCCACGCAUUGCUCGAGGCGCAGGCACCUUUUCAAACAUAUUAAUAUGGUUCUGACGGG